UUAUUACCAAAUGUACCCCUGAUUAUUUUGCUCAUUUACGGAAAAAGAGUUAAGAACUGAAAACUCGAAUAUCCAAAUCUCCAAAUUCUCCGGGAAUGACGACUACUACGUCACAGUACUAUCCCAAGCUCACCACUUCUCCAACAAUCCCUUCCUAUUUACCAUUCUGCCACUACACUCCGUUUCUUUCUCUUCCUUCUCUUCGCGCAUCUACUUUCCUCUCAGCGAAACGCCCAUCUAACAAAAACCCGAAUCUCAUUUCGAUUUCCCGAGGAAAACCCAGAAUUUCUCCCUCCCUUGUGUGCUUCGCAUCGUCUCCUUCAAUGGCCACUCCGACGCAGAGCAGCGAAACCAAACCUUUCUCCGUCCUUUUCGUCUGUCUCGGAAACAUUUGUAGGAGCCCAGCAGCUGAAGGAGUCUUUAGAGAUAUUGUGAAGAAGAGAGGCCUCGAUUCCAAAUUCAACAUUGAUUCCGCCGGAACCAUGGAUUAUCACGAGGGAAAUAUGGCAGAUCCAAGAAUGAGAAGUGCUGCAAAACGUCGUGGUGUUGAGAUAACAUCAUUGUCUAGACCAAUAAAGGCAUCUGAUUUCAGGGAGUUUGAUCUCAUUCUUGCAAUGGAUGACCAGAACAAAGAGGAUAUAUUAGAGGCUUAUAAUGUAUGGAAAGCCAGAGGGAAUUAUCCACCGGAUGCAGAUAAAAAGGUUAAGCUUAUGUGUUCUUAUUGCAAGAAACACAACGACAAGUUUGUCCCGGACCCGUAUUACGGUGGAACUCAAGGUUUUGAGAAGGUCUUGGACUUGCUUGAAGAUGCAUGUGAGUCGUUGCUGGACAGUAUCAUAGCGGAAAAUUAAGAUUGCGACUUCAAAGUCCCGAUUCCGGGCACUGUGUUUCUGAUUGAUGGCUUUGCACAUAAUGUUGAAACUUCUGUUAUUACUUUGUAGAUAUCUUCAGUGAUGUCAAAUAGUGUGACUGUGUGAGAAAUGAUGAGAAGCUCGAAUCUUGUUGAUGUUUUCUUUUGAAAAACCUUAUUUAACUUAACAGGUAUUAAUAAGUAUCUUAAAGUAUCUGGACAAUUUACCUUUGUGUCUUAUGGGUUUAUUUGAAGAUAAAUUAUAAA